CCGCCCCCACCAGAGGGAUACAGGUUCCGGGGUCAGGCGCCCCUUGACAACCGCCUAGCGACCGGGCCUGAGGCCGAGGGGGGACGAUGAGGAUGAGUUCCCGGGGAGAGCGAGGUGAAAAGGAAAAGAAUGAUGAAGAAUCAAACCCUUUUCCUUAAGGAAUUUGUCAGGUUAAAAGUCGAUCAACAACCGAAAAGGGAAGAGAUGAGAAAGCAGAUCCACCAUCAACUGAAGGGCUCCACAGGAAUUGCCUUUGAGAAGGGUCUGGCUGCACCCAAAGAAUUGAACUUGAGGCUGAAUUUCCGGAGAGCUACUUUCCCGAUCCGAUGCCCAACAGUCCUUCUUUGGAUGAAGAGGAUGAUGACUGGAGUGAAACGUACCAGCCUGCCGUUAUUGAGGCUGCUCAUGAGUUAGUUUUUUCUGACUUGCUCCGCAUUGACUCCCCCAACCCGCCAACUCUGAGCCCAGCCGAGCUACCGCAACACGACAGCGUCCAAUAUGCACUGUCUGAGUGGCAAGUGGAUGAUGAAGAGGAGGAGGAAGGAGAGCAGGGUCAUAACAAAUGGGAUGCAACCUCACAGCUCCAGCCUCCUUGCGAUGGCCAUGACUCUCCAAAAGAUAAUUUUGACUUGGUCGGGGAGGUUCUCUAUCAAAGUCAGUUGCUAAGCAAUGAGAAACUGAAAGAAGAAAAUGCCCUAUUACGAAGACAGACUAAAGAAGCAAAGCAACUGGCAAAGGACCAUGUAAGGAGGACCAAGAGAUUGGAAGAAGAUCUGGAGAAAAGGAAAAUUAUAGAGGAGAAGGAGGCACGAGCAUUGGAAGCGAUUGUUCAACAAGUCGAAGAGAAUCUGCAACUGAUGACGAAACGGGCUGUGAAAGCAGAGAACACUGUGACUAAACUGAGACAGGAACUUGUAACUCUACAGGCAGAACUGCAACAGUCCAAGUCUGAGAAUGAAAUACUUCAAUCUCAAGAUUCUGCUGCUCUGAGUUCAGCAAAAAACAGUGCUCGACUUGCCUCAGAUUAUCUUGUGAAGGCUGCACAUGAAGCAGAGACCUCAGUGAAGCAGCUCAUGUCUGGAGCAGAAACAUUACGGCUGGCAUCUGAGCUACUGAAGUCCUUUGACAGAAUUUCUGAGCUACCACCUUACUGCAUAGUGGAAGAUCCUAGCUGACGCAGUCAUCUUCCUCUAGCUCCACCCACCCUAGUCCGAACGUCACCCACCAGAUGAUUCAACACAACACUGAGAAAUUGAUUAAUUUGACUCCCCACUGCCCCAGCACAGACUGAACCUGCCACUUGCACCACUAGACUGGCCAGAUUUACAUUUGAAAUUAUCCGAAAUGCCCUCUUUCAUUUAGUGGGAUCCCAAAUUUAUAUUCUACCUUCAGCAUCACAAAAGUCAUCUUAUUGUUUGUAUGAAAGUGGAAUUAUGCCAUCAAUUAUGAAGGGAUUUAUAUCCAUCAAUAAUAUUAGUGAGUAAAUUAUGGAUUCUGGCCAUCUUCCACUCUUUGCAAAAAAAGCUGCCCUCUGUUGCUGUUUUUUUUAAUGCUGUGUUUUAAUUGGAUUGUGUGUAAUAAUUUAACAUGCGGGAAGCAGGCACUGCCCACGAAUGUGCCUCAUGCUCUCUAUUUAAUUUCCUAUAGUGCAUUAUUUCCUCCCCUGCCUUCCACAUGGCAUCACCUCGUGUAGUACACUGUAAAUGUUGAUGAUCUUGCGAUGUUACAGGGAUUGGGGGGGGGGGGGGGCUUGAGUUAUAUGGAGACACUGGACAUUUUUCACUUGAGUGCAGGGGGCUGUGGGGUGACACGAAAGGUAUUUGAAAUCAUGAGUGAUAUGGAAAAGGUGGAUGGUCAGUCUUUAUCAGAGAGUAGGGAAGUCUAAAACUAGAAAAGAUAGAUUUAAGGUAGAGGGUAAAGAUUUAAAAGGGACCUAAGUGGCAAAUUUUAUACACAAGUGGGUAUAUGGAACUAGCUGCCAGAGGUAUUUGUUGGGGCAGAUACAAUUACAAUGUUUAAAAGACAUUUGGAUAGGCACAUAGAUAGAAGAGGUUUAGAGGGAUAUGGGCCACAUGCAGGCAAAUGAGGCUAGCCAGGGUAGAUAUCGUGGUCGGCAUAGACAAAUUUGUCUGAAGGUCCUGCUUCUGUGCUUUGUGACUCUAUUGCCAUCAAUCUUCAAGCCUUUUAUCCCAGUCAUUUAGAUCAUUGCCUUAAAUUAACAGCUGCCUUGGUUACCUGUAAUCUUACAAGAAAUCUCUGUUUUGCAACCUCCAAUGGCCAGUCUUUAUCGAGCUUUACUGGGAUAGGGAAGAAUUCCAGACUUCCGGAUAUCAAAUCUGAAUGAUCCUGUUCUAAUUUUAGAAUUAUGCUCUUGGCUCUGGGCUUCCCAUUAAAGUAAAUAAUUUUCCUAUUCUUAUUAAUGCCCCUCAAUAAUUGAUCCCCAUUAGAUCGCUCGUUAAAGGGUAAUGAUGGCAGAUAUGUAGGGGAUGGGAUGACUGCUGCAGAGAAAGACCUAUGAACAAUAUCGAUUCACAUUCACACCAGUCAUUUGCCUUGCAUUAUUACAUUAGAAAAAAAUGGAUUUUGAAUUGUGUUCCUCAAUGGACUGGUUUUGAUGAGAUUAUAUAUUUAACAUUGAGAUGUUUAGUUAAGAAUUUGUACAAUACGUUGGAGAGAAGGAAGUAACUUAUAAUUCAUGUACAUAACAGGAAUAAAUUAACAAUUCAUGGGGUCAAGUUAA